AUGUCUGAUCUGGGUGGUGUUUCAACACCAAAGCCGCCAACUAGUGACAAUGCUGGGCCCAUUAUCAAAGAAUCUCAGGAGUCGGCGGAAUAUCAGCAGGAUUUGCAGGUUGUGCUUGGAACAGCCUUUGGCGUCAUUGCCAUGGUUGGUCUCAUUGCACUGGCAUUUUUGCUAUAUCGUGUUUACCGAUCGCGACACACAGCACUUUCCUAUGGACAGAAUGAUGAUAUUGAUGUAUUUGAAAGAGAUAUUGCAGUUGACAUUGAGGGGAAGUCACAGCCUGUCAUCUUGUUGCUGUAUGCCUAUGACUGUCCAAUUCAUGAGCAGGUUGUUGGUGCACUUGCUGCUUUCUUGAUGGAGGCCUGCGGGGUCACAAUUACAUUAGAUCUCUUUGAGGAAGGUGACAUUUUGGAGAGGGGUAUCGAUGACUGGCUGGUCGACAGGCUGCAGGAAGCUGAUUACAUCAUUGUACUUUGUUCCUUGGGUGCUAGGCUCCGCUGUUCGAAAAAGCGAGUCAAAUUUAAAUCAGAUGAACACCGUGCCUUGCCAGAUUAUUUUGCAGUAGCCGUGGAUUAUGUUGCUGAGAAAAUGCGAGCUGAGAAACAGAAGGGAAUGAGCAUGAAUAAGUUUGUAGCGGUGUACAUGGAGUACUCCACAAAGUCUGACAUUCCCCCACAGCUGGAGACUGCAGUACAGUUCUGUUUGAUGAAAGAUAUUCAUAAGCUUCACACACAUCUCAACAUCCAGGGCCCUGAGUCAGACAAGAGCGAUACAGCCUCCCAGAUUAGUACUUGUGAGAAUCACUACCAUGAGACAGAAACAGGUGCUGUACUGAAGGCCACCAUUGAACAGGCUAAAACUUUCUUUAAUGAGAAUCCUACAUGGUUAGAAGAUCGUCUGGAAAUUGCUUCUUCGCGUCCACCAGUUCGAGGACACCGAGCUAGGAAAUAUAGACAAACCCCAAUGGAAGAACCACUUUUAACGCUAAUAGGAACACCACCUGUGCUUCAUUGCUCACAAACAGCACCUUGUCAUAUCUUGGAGUCACGUGACCGGUUGAAACAAUUCAAACAUUUCAGCCAGACAAUGGAACUGGUUCCUUGGGUCACUAACAGAAUUCCUCAGGGGCGUCAGAAUUCAUUACCAUCUUUGUUAGCCAGCAGCGGCCUUGCAGUUCCCCCAUCUCGACAGACUUUAUCCAGAAGCAUGGACAGUUUCACCGCAGAUCAAAAUUUCCAGCAAGACCACGAUGGGUUGCCUUGCUUUUUCUGUAACAGUGCCCACAUGUAUGGCAGGCCAGAGUGUAGGCUGACUGAACUCCAGCAGGACAAGGCCUUGGAACACUUUCAGAUUUCAGCAGAUGUAUCUGCAAACCCCAGUCAGACUUCACUGCAUCACUUAACCAGGGGCUUGACUCCCAGCAGGUCACAAACAGUUCUUCAGGCGGAGGUGCAUCAAGAAUGGGGUCACACCAGUAGAGGCACUUUAGAGCAGAAGUCAGCAACUUUUGCAGGAGAUUCCCGUUCCUGGGACGUUGAUCAAGUUGUAGGCAGUACCCCUGGGCCUUAUCAGUCACUUCCGCCUCAUCACCCACCUCCACACCAGUAUAAUCCCUCCACAUCCGCAGUGAUGGAGUGGGACACUCCUGUAGGUUUACGGAAGUGGCCAUCUGAUUAUCCUGAUUCUCCAGCAUUCAAGAUUCUGGAUGGCAGAGAUCACCGGCUGACCCAUAGAUCACUAUCUAAUGUGUCCGUGUCCACAGAGGACUCUUCAUCACUCCCAGACGUUGACUUGCUGGAGAGAGAUCUGCGCUCUAUUCAGAAUAUCUCAUCCUUUCAUGAUUUCAUCACCGCCUCGUCUUUCACCAGUGAUACAUUUACACAUAACACUUCUAAUGGCUCAGGUCUGGAAAUGACCAAUGUGCUAAAGCCGUACAGAGUUGUCACAAAACAGUUGAGAAGUCAUGAAAGCAGCUGUGUGUACAUGAAUGGAUCUCUCAAUACAGAGAGUGUGGACAGGGUUUAA